AAUACCUCUCCAAGAUGGCUGCGUCUUUUGGUUUCUCUGAGCUCUGAGUUAUGUUCAUCGACAAACUCAGUUUCGGCGGAUAAGACAAAACUCUGAAGGCGGAACAUGGAAAGACGAGAGUUCGUCGCAUCGCUGGUGGCAGGAGGCUGUGCAGGGAUGUGUGUGGACUUGACUCUCUUCCCCUUGGACACCAUUAAGACCAGGCUGCAGAGUCAGCAGGGCUUCUCCAAAGCUGGGGGCUUCAGGGGCAUCUAUGCUGGGGUCCCUUCUGCUGCUGUUGGCUCCUUUCCAAAUGCCGCUGCUUUCUUUGUCACCUACGAACACACAAAGUCCCUCAUUGGACCCGGCGGACUGGGAGUGACACCACAGUUGGCACCUGUCACCCACAUGCUGGCUGCCUCCUUGGGCGAAAUAGUGGCGUGUCUGAUCCGGGUGCCAACAGAAGUGGUCAAACAGAGAACCCAGGCUUGUCCUUCAUCCACCACCUACCAAAUGCUGCUAUCUACACUCAGAGAAGAGGGGUUCCGGGGCUUAUAUAGAGGAUACAGGAGUACAGUUCUCAGAGAGAUCCCGUUCUCGCUGGUGCAAUUUCCACUUUGGGAAUAUUUAAAGACUCUGUGGUCACAGAGGCAAGGUCACACGCUCUCGUCUUGGCAGGCUGCAGUGUGCGGAGCUUUUGCAGGUGCCUUUGCAGCAUUUGUUACCACUCCCCUUGAUGUGGUGAAGACCAGGAUCAUGCUUGCAAAGGCAGGAACAACCACGGCGAGCGGCAACAUCCCACUCGUGCUCUAUGACGUGUGGAAGAGUCGAGGGCUUACAGGGCUGUUUGCGGGCAGCAUACCGAGGAUAGCCUUCAUCGGCCUCGGCGGCUUCAUCUUCCUCGGAUCCUACGAGAAGGUUCGCCGCAUGUUGCUAUACCAGUGACAAUGUGCGACUGUACUGAGCCUCAGCCUGGUCUAUGGACAGAGACGGUGAAGAAGAGCUCAGAAACAGAGAAGGAGUCGUCCACAUUACCCAGGGUGUUUUGCCCUGCGGUCUGAGGGGGUUUGAGAUGAAAGCCCCUCCCCUUCACAGAAAACUGAGUGAAUCUUUAAUUGUAUUUUUUUUCUGAAGUGUGUGUGAAUGGAUGACUCAUGUAUUAAACACAGAUGUGCU